GAAAACGACUGUGGAGUUUAUGUAGUUUUACGUGAGAUUUGUGAUGACAGUUAUAAACAAGCGUUUGCCAUCUGCUGAAAGAAGAAAAGAGUGAUGCAGUGUGCGUGAGUGUGAUGUUUUGAUGGCACUAACGGAAAUGGAAGGGUUCUUGCGCCAUGUACAGAAGGGUAGAACUUCUCGGCCUUACUGUGACAACGAUAGCCCUUAUUCUACUCUUUGCAACAGUAAACCAACGGCCCACAAGAGAAUAUCCAAGACAUUAUCCCGUAUUGCAAGACUUAAUUUUAACGAACUCAUCUUUCGCCACGGUGCCCAUUAAAACGGUGGUUCGUCAAAACAAAUUCGUUAUAGAACAACAAUUAAAAGAUUAUCCAUUUCCAAAAAACAAAACAUUAACAGAUUUUACUCUUUCUGUUGGAGGAAAACCAGUCAGAAACAUUAUAAUAACCACAUGGAGAUCUGGAUCUACUUUCCUCGGAGAAGUUUUAAACGCUAUUCCAGGAAACUAUUACCAUUAUGAGCCCCUACUUCAUUAUGGUAUUAUGCAAAUUCGAGGCCCCCCAUUCGCCGAUUCUGCUGUUACUGUACUAGAAAGUCUACUUAAGUGCGAAUAUGACGAUUUGCAGGCUUAUUUAAAAUAUGGCCAAGAUCAUGUUUACCUAUUCACGCACAAUACGCGGCUUUGGACACAAUGCGAAUAUUAUCCAAAUUAUUGCUGGGAUCCCGAUUUUUUAAUGCAAUUUUGUAAACUGUUUCCCUUCCAAUCGAUGAAAGUAGUACGACUGAGACUACGACUUGCAGAGAGACUACUGCUAAACAAGGACCUAAAUGUUCGAGUUCUCCUUUUAGUUAGAGACCCACGAGGGAUAUUGCAAUCACGUAAACACAGAGAGUGGUGUCCGGGAAUACCCGACUGUGAUCAACCAAAUAUAUUGUGUGCAGAUAUGGUUUCUGAUUACAGUGCAGCCAUUAAGUUGAAACAUAAAUUUCCACAUAGAUUUAGUGUCAUUCGAUACGAAGAUCUUUCCUUAAAUCCGUAUAAUGAAGUUAAAAAAUUAUUACAAUUUUUCAACCUAUAUUUUCACCCCAAUGUGAUGAACUUUCUCGAUUCUCACACUAGAAUAAAUUAUGGCGGCUUAUCAAGUACAUUUCGUAAUUCAAAAAAUACUCCGUUUCAUUGGCGGAUGGAUUUAAACUUUUCAGAGGUUCAAUACAUAGAAGAACAAUGCACUCAAGCAAUGCACCUGUGGGGAUACGUUAAGGCUUACAACGAAACGAAUUUAAAGGAAUUCAACCCCCUUACAGAGUUUACAUUAGACAAUGAAUAACUUGUUGAAAAUGAAAUUAAAAAUUGUAGAAUCGCACAUAUCGCAGUUAAAGCAUAUCAUUUCGGUAGUUGCUUUAAAAUUAAACAAAACUGUACCGUAAAAAUUACCUGCGCUGUUGCAAUUAACUUAAAGUGUAAUAUUUAUGGAAUAAUACUCACGAUCGCUAAAUAAUUAAUUAAC